UUCUCAGUCUCUGCCCUUUUAGAAGAGAAGCAGACAAUGACUAAGUCUCAGGGGUUAGUAUCAUUCAAGGAUGUGGCUGUGGAUUUCACCCAGGAGGAAUGGCAGCAACUGGCCCCUGCUCAGAGGACCCUGUACAGGGAUGUGAUGCUGGAGAACUAUAGCCACCUGGUCUCAAUGGGGUAUCCAGUUUCCAAACCAGAUGUCAUCUCCAAGUUGGAACAAGGAGAAGAUCCAUGGAUCAUAAGGAAAGACAUAUCAAAUUGGAUUUAUCCAGUUGAAAAUCAGGCAGAUGGGCGACAAGGGAAGAAGAAUAGCCUUGACAACCCCCAGCCCUGCGUUUUGAGGACUGUUUCCCUCCACAAUAAGAUACUAAAAGGAGUCACAAAGGAUGGUUCAUUGUAUUCCAUUUUAAAAUUCUAUCAAGGUGAUGGCCAGCUACAGAGAUGUCAGGAAAACCAGGACAAACUUUUCAGGCAAGCCAAAGUCAUCAAGAAGAAAACAAUGACUGGCGAGUCAGACCACAAAUCUAAAGCAUUUGGAAAAUUCUUUCAGGAAUGCUUGUACCCAGAUACUUCAAGACAAACCCUCCAUAAAUAUGGUAUAUUUGAAAAACACUUGAAACCUAAUAUUGACUUACCUUGUAAUAAAAGCAAUUCAAGAAAAAACCCUGAUGAAAGUUUUGGAUGCAGAAACAUAUACAGCCAUAAUAUAUCCAAUUCUAAACUUGAAAAAAUUCACAAUGGAGUGACACCCUGUGAAGAUAAUCAAGAGGGACACAUUUUCAGCAGUAAGCAAUCUCUUAUUCAACAUGCAAAUGUUGAAACUAAAGAGAAAAACUGUUUCUGUAUUACAUGUGGAAAAGCCUUUGCUAAGAAGUCACAGCUCAUUGUACAUCAAAGAAUCCACACUGGAAACAAACCUUAUGAUUGUGGUGCAUGUGGAAAGGCCUUCAGUGAGAAGUUUCACCUCAUUGUCCAUCAGAGAACUCAUACUGGGGAGAAACCUUAUGAAUGUUCUGAAUGUGGAAAAGCCUUCUCUCAGAAAUCGUCCCUCAUUAUACAUCAGAGAGUCCAUACUGGGGAAAAACCAUAUGAAUGUAGUGAAUGUGGGAAAGCUUUCUCCCAGAAAUCACCCCUCAUCAUACAUCAGAGAAUCCACACUGGAGAGAAACCUUAUGAAUGUAGAGAGUGUGGGAAAGCUUUCUCCCAGAAGUCACAGCUUAUUAUACAUCAUAGAGCUCACACUGGAGAGAAGCCGUAUGAGUGUACUGAAUGUGGGAAAGCCUUCUGUGAGAAGUCCCACCUCAUUAUACACAAGAGAAUUCACACUGGAGAAAAACCCUACAAAUGUGCUCAAUGCGAGGAAGCCUUUAGCAGGAAGACAGAACUCAUUACACAUCAUUUAAUUCAUACUGGAGAGAAACCCUAUGAAUGUACUGAAUGUGGUAAGACCUUCUCCCGGAAAUCACAGCUCAUCAUACAUCAGAGAACACACACUGGAGAGAAACCCUAUAAAUGCAGUGAAUGUGGAAAAGCUUUCUGUCAGAAGUCACAUCUCAUUGGACAUCAGAGAAUUCAUACAGGUGAAAAGCCUUAUGUGUGUACUCAAUGUGGGAAAGCCUUCUCUCAGAAGUCUCACCUUCCAGGACAUCAGCGAAUUCACACAGGAGAGAAACCUUACAUAUGUAAUGAAUGUGGAAAAGCAUUUUCCCAGAAAUCAGACCUUGUUUUGCAUCGUAGAAUUCAUACUGGGGAGAGACCCUAUCAAUGCACUGUAUGUGGGAAAGCCUUUAUCCAGAAGUCACAACUCACUGUACACCAGAGAAUUCAUACAGCGUGAAAAUUGUAAGAAUGAAUGGAACCCAGAGAAGCCUUCAGUAUUAGCUCAAGCCUUAAUAAAUACUAG